GGGCAGGGAAGGUAGGAGCAGGGGCUGUUUAUCUACGUGACGCACACAACAUUUGCUUAACAAAGCCUAUUUUAAAGCGAAGUCGUCGUUUAAAAUAAACACACGUUCAAGUUCUGUUUUUUUCUUAGCUGAAACUGUAGUUAUUUUGCAGUUUACUCCAGUGUUUAACGUAAACCACUCGCUGCCAAACGCUAAAGCUAACGUUGCUAAAAACAGCGGAAAGGUAACAGUGUUUUUUCGUCAACAUGAGAGGGGGUUCCUCCUAUGGAGACAGAGACAGAGACCGUGGACGAGACAGGCCACGGUUUGGAGCCAUGAGCGGUCGCGGUGGACCCCCACCAAUGAAGUUUGGGAAUCCAGGUGAGCGUCUUCGUAAGAAGAGGUGGAACCUGGACGAGCUACCAAAAUUUGAGAAGAACUUCUACACUGAACACCCUGAAGUCCAGCGCAUGAGUCAGUAUGAAAUGGAAGAGUUUCGCAGAAAGAAGGAGAUCACCAUCAGAGGCUCUGGCUGUCCAAAUUCUGUCACCGCUUUUCACCAUGCACAGUUUCCACAGUAUGUGAUGGAUGUGUUGAUGCAGCAGAACUUCAAGGAGCCAACAGCGAUUCAGGCUCAGGGAUUCCCUGUGGCCCUGAGCGGCAAGGACAUGGUGGGAAUUGCCCAGACUGGCUCUGGAAAGACACUUGCUUAUCUUCUUCCUGCUAUUGUACACAUCAACCACCAACCAUAUCUGGAGAGGGGAGAUGGCCCAAUUUGUCUGGUGCUUGCACCAACCAGAGAGCUGGCCCAGCAAGUUCAGCAGGUUGCAUUUGACUAUGGGAAGUCUUCUCGUAUUAAAAGCACCUGUGUCUAUGGUGGCGCUCCGAAAGGACCACAGAUUCGGGACCUUGAGAGGGGUGUUGAGAUCUGCAUCGCCACACCUGGUCGCCUUAUUGACUUCUUGGAGGCAGGGAAGACCAACCUGCGCCGCUGCACCUACCUUGUGCUGGAUGAGGCUGACCGCAUGUUGGACAUGGGCUUUGAACCGCAGAUUCGCAAGAUAGUUGAACAAAUCAGGCCCGACAGACAGACUCUGAUGUGGAGUGCAACCUGGCCAAAGGAGGUUCGGCAGCUUGCCGAGGACUUCCUGAGGGAAUAUGUCCAGAUUAAUGUUGGCGCUCUGGAGCUGAGUGCCAACCACAACAUCCUGCAAAUAGUGGAUGUCUGCAUGGAGACUGAAAAGGACAACAAACUUCUUCAGCUGAUGGAGGAGAUAAUGGCUGAAAAGGAGAAUAAAACCAUUAUCUUUGUGGAGACUAAGAAACGUUGUGAUGAUCUUACAAGGAGGAUGAGGCGUGAUGGGUGGCCAGCCAUGUGUAUCCAUGGAGACAAGAGCCAGCCAGAAAGAGACUGGGUACUCACAGAAUUUCGGAGUGGCAAAGCCCCCAUUCUGAUUGCUACUGAUGUUGCUUCUCGUGGUCUGGACGUGGAAGACGUCAAGUUCGUCAUCAACUAUGACUAUCCGAGCUCCUCUGAGGAUUAUGUCCAUCGUAUUGGACGUACGGCCCGCAGUACCAACAAGGGCACUGCUUACACCUUCUUCACCCCAGGAAACCUGCGACAGGCUCGAGACCUUGUCCGGGUUCUGGAGGAGGCCCGGCAAGCCAUAAAUCCUAAACUGCUUCAGCUCGUGGACACCGGCCGCGGAGGAGGAGGCGGUGGCAGAAUGCGUUACCGUGGCAGCAACGCCAACAACCCGAACUUGAUGUAUCAGGAGGAGUGCGAUCGGCGCAUGCGCUCUGGCGGCGGUGGCAAAGACGGCCGCAGCAGCUUCAACCGCGACAGCCGCAACAGCCGCGACGGAGACCGAUCCUCGUCCUACAGGGACAGAAGCCGGGAUCACAGAAACAGCUACAACUCCGGCUCUGAUCAGUACCAGAGCUACAGCAGCAGUGGCGGCUUCAACUCCCGUAGUGGAGGUCAAUCUGGAGGCGGCGGUGGAGGUCAGGAUCAGUCCAGCCAGCCGCAGGGUCAGUUCAGCCAGGCUCCUCCUCCUCCACCGUCAGGGGGGCCACAGCCUCUGAUGGCUCAGCAGUUUGCUCCACCACAGCCUCCACUCAUGGGCUUCAUGGGGCAGCCGCCAUAUCCUUUCGUGCCUCCGCCCUCUGCUCCUCCAGGCGCACCGCCUCCCCGGAAGUAGAAUAAACAGGCACUGAGUUAACUUGUGCUAGUGUGUUUUACAGUGUAACUUUGUUUUUAUUCUUGUCAUCUCCAAAACAGCCGGGGAUUUGAAAAAGGCAUAUAUCUAAGGAGGUAAGGGCUUAUAUUUUGUAUUUGUUUUGUACUUUUUAAUACACCCAACAAUAAGGGAUUUGAAACGGAAAUCUAGAAAUAUUGUCCUAUUUUUUCAACCUAGAUUGUCAUUGUCCAGAGUUGCUCUCAACCAUGAACCAUGGAGGUACAAGUGUCUUUUGUUUUCAUUCCAAUCAAAUGUUACAACAUUGGAUUUGACCAGUUUGUUGUCCCUCUUUAGUAGUGUUACAAAUAAUUGCAUUGCAUUGGUCUGUGACACAGUAAUGUACAGCAUUACUGUAUACAGUUAGUUCCUGGUUUUAUUUUAAAGCCAUGCAGCCUACUUGCAGUACCACCUUGACUCUCGUAGACAUCUAAUUGAACCUUUCCUAUGAUGCGCUCUUUGGGCUGGUUUUCAGUUUUUGCUGUUGGCUUUGUGGUAGUACUUUAUUAAAAACCUUAAAGGCAAAAGUCUGGUAUAUGUCCUCCUUAUUAGAAUAGAGAUUUGCACUGCAACGUGUAAUAGCUUUAAUGCUGUAUUGCGAAGUGGCAAUUAAGUGAUAAUGCAUCUCAGGCAAAGUUGUGUAGUAAUGUAAUGAGUAACAAAUUACUUUCAGCAGUGAGUAAAUAGAUAAAAUAAUACAUUACUUUUGAAAAUACUAAUGAGUAAUGUGUAAUACAUCUCUAUUUUUUGAAUAAUAAACACUGCUUUUUAUUUUAGGCUGUCAGCCAUCAGCUGUGUUAUAAUUGGAUUUGAGUGCAAACACUUCUAGACUGACAGCCUCAGUGGUCUGUAGUUGAGAGUGUUUUUCUGACAGGAAAAAUGAAAUGCAACAGAUACAGUCACAUUCCAGACUCAUGUCUUCCUCUCACUUUGUCCAAGUUCAAAUUCUGGUUAGUUUAGGUUGAGAAACAGAUCUUGAAAAGCAAUAUAUUUUAUUUAUUGCAUAGAUUUACGGUUUGUUCUUCUAAACACCUGAGAAAUGUAUAAUACAAUUUUGUGAAUCUUCUCUGCAAUAGUUUUGAUACCAUUCAUCUACUUUAGAUUUGUCGGUGUAGUUGACUUUGGUAUUAAAUGUAGAUGUUUUUUUUGAUUCUUUUUUAUCAUGCAUGCCUUCACUUUAUUCUGUCCUGCAGUAAGUCACAGCUGCAAUAUUAUUUUAACAUGCAGAUUAUUGACUAAGUUGCUGUUUGUUGCUUGUUUCCUUUUACUCAUUGUGUUCUUUUUAGUGUUUUCCUAAAUAAACGACUCAAAGCCA